AUGGUGAGAAAGAACCUGGGCCGACCAACUCGCAGCAUCUACCUGGGUCUGGCGUGUGUGUCCCUCACCCUCCAUCUGCUUCUGGCAUUAUUUUGUUUGUCCGUCCUCCAGACAGCCUGUGUCCUUCCCGCCUCUUCUUCCUCUUCCUCCUUCUCAUCUAUUAUUCCAAGAACCGAUACCCAUCGCCAUCAGUCUGUUUCUUCCUUCUCAUCCUCUGAUGCCUCCUCCUCCUCACAUAAGUUGCCAACUAGCAACGAGCGUCACAAACUUAAUGCAAACACAUUACAGCAUAAAGGGAAAGACUGGUUAAAUGGGCCAACUGAGACGGAGAAGAAACUGAUUGGAACUGGCAAAGAGUUUCCAAAGGGGAAGGGUCUCUCUGUACUGGAGGCACUGUUCAAUCACCCGCUGUACAACCUGCCACAUCCAGAGCUGCAAGAAGACGACUGGCUGUUGAGGGUGAAAACAGACGAAGAUGCAACAGAUAAAGAAAGUAGGGAAGAUGGAGGAGAAGAAGAGGCCAUCGCUAACAGUCAGUGGCAGAGUGCCAGUCAGGAGGAGGGCUAUGAGAGAGUCGCUUGGACGAGCGACGCGGAGACCCAUCCUCCUUGGCUACGGUUUCACUUGGGCAUUUCUCGCUGGGAGCUGUACAACAGGAAGGAUCCCAACGUGCCCCAGCUGACUCACUAUUUGGCAACACAACGCGUCCUUAGUGCGGUCCAGAAGACAGGAGGCACCCAGCUCAAGCUGCUCUUAUCAUUCCCAAACCACGGACAAGCUCUGCUCAAACCAAUGAAACAAUCCAGAGACGCAGAAACGGACGUGAACCUCUUCUACUUCUCAGACUUUGAAAGACACAACGCAGAGAUCGCUGCCUUUCACCUUGACAGAAUCCUGGGCUUCAACAGGAUCCCUCCAGUGGUCGGUCGACUCAUCAACGUCACCACAGAGAUCAAAGAGAUAACCACUGACCAGAGGCUGUCAAGGACCUUCUUCACUUCCCCUGUGGGGAACGUGUGUUUCUAUGGCCAGUGUGAGUACUACUGUUCAACAGAACACCCAGUGUGCGGUCAGCCACAUGCGCUGGAGGUCUCCCUGGCUGCCAUGUUACCUGACCUCGCACUUGCUCCCCGCAGGUCCUGGAGGUCACCCUGGAGACGAUCUUACAGCCGCACCAAGCUCGCACAGUGGCAGAAGGAGCCGGCUUACUGUGACAAGGUCAAGCAGACACCUCCUUACAACCAUGGCACCAGACUGGUGGAUCUCAUAGACAUGGCUGUGCUGGACUUCCUCAUGAGCAACAUGGACAGACAUCACUAUGAGACGUUUGAGAAAUUUGGAAAUGAGACUUUCCUGCUGCAUCUGGAUAACGGACGGGCGUUUGGGCGUCACUCUCGGGAUGAGCCCUCUAUUCUGGUGCCAUUGCUACAGUGCUGCAGGAUCCGUCGCUCCACCCUCCUCCGCCUGCGGCUCUUGUCCCUCCCUGGUUUCCGCCUCAGUGACGUCAUGCGCGAAUCUCUGGCUCGGGACCCUCUGGCAGGCGCGGCCCCCCUCCUGUUGGAACCACACCUCGCUGCUUUGGAGCGCCGCCUUGCAACCGUGCUGCAGGCAGUGCAUACCUGUCAGGAUCAGUGUGGUGAUGUUGUUUACAAUGACUUGGAAGGAUAUGACGAGAAACAUGAUCAACAGCCUGACUGAAGAUAGAGAGAAACAAGAAAUUAUACAUGUUUUACCACAUCUGUGUCAUCAUGUUUGUAGCCUUGCAGCUUUAAAGAAUGUAAAGAAUAAUCAGCUUAUUUAUUUCUAAUUUAUUUUAAGAGUCCAUAAAACCUUUGGAUCACCUGCUCUUAUUUUAAAAAACACUGAAGUUGACAAGUGUAGAGAAAGUACAACGGCAACUUCUCUUUCAGUGAUAACAUACAGUAUAUGCCAUAUCCUAAAUUUACAAACUAUAUCUUCUUUGACCUUUUAAAGUCUGUUUUUUUUUUUAGUGUUUAUGCUCUGGAAACUACAAGUCUCCACAUCACUGCUGGAACAAAUGGGGGGCAGCAUGUUAGUUCUCAUUGGAGGACAAUUAAGUGGCAAUAAACACUAAAGAUCUUUCUGAUUU